AUGUCUUUCGCGAGCGCACGGUCGCUGGUCUUGAACAGCAACAGCAAGGAACAACUGACAGCUAGCGAUGAACCUGUAGCAUGUACCAAGUCGUCUUUCCCAACAUCUACAAAGGGUAAUACGCAUACACAGUCGCUAAGAAGCGAGGUCUUCAAGACGAUUCAAGCUAUCUUACUCGCUCUAUGUUUCAUCGCGAGUACAAUCUGCCUACACUUUCAGCAGUGGCUCGGUGGGCCCAUCUAUCUGCUCAACCGGAAGUGCUUUUACGCUUGGCAAGCAGUAGUGAAGGAGUCCACUGCACUUCUUCUAAUCAGUUUGAACCAAUGGAUUGCCCCUUGCUCGGCGAAGAUCAGCGGUGAUGCGAGUGUCCGGGGUCAGAUUAGAAAAACUUCUAGCGGUUGGGUUCAUCUAGACUUUCCAGAUCGUCUUGUUCUGAUCGCCAAUCAUCAGAUCUACACAGACUGGCUCUUCCUUUGGUGGUCUGCAUAUACCACCCAUCAUCAUGGCCACCUGUUCAUAGUCCUCAAGGACUCUCUGAAAAACAUUCCAGUCCUCGGUCCCGGCAUGAUGUUUUUCUCCUGGGUUUUCCUAUCUCGCCGCUGGGAAGCGGAUCGACCGCGAUUUGAGCACCGUAUGAGCCAUCUUUCGAAUCCUAGUCUACAACAAGCAAUGUGGUUACUCAUCUUCCCCGAGGGCACGAAUCUGUCCGGUAACACGCGCGGAAUGAGUGAGAAAUGGGCGAGUAAGAUGAAUAUCCAUGACCUCAAGCACGUCUUAUUGCCACGGACUCGAGGUUUGCAAUUCUGUUUGGAAGCAUUGAAUCCUACUGUCAAAUGGGUGUACGACUGCACUAUAGCAUAUGAGGGUAUCCCUCCUGGUGAGUUUGGACAGGACAUUUACAGUCUUCACAAUCUCUACAUCAAAAGCCACGACGCUCCGGUAACCCACAUUCACUGGCGCCGCUUUGACGUUGCAAAUAUCCCUCUAAGUGAUUCUAAGGCAUUCGAUCAAUGGCUCUAUAAGCGAUGGGCCGAAAAGGACGAACUGCUAGAACACUUUCAACAGCAUAACUGUUUUCCAGCCGAUGAGGGUUAUGUUGAGGCACAAAUCAAGCUGAAUAACUCCCUAGAGAUUUUACAGAUCAUGGCCAGUGCACUAGCUGUAGUUUUGGUCUGGUGGUUGGUAAAGACCAUCACCCAGAGCUUUACAGCUUUUCCGCUCCUCGAUAUGUGA